AUGUGUGUUUGCAUUCGUCAGAUCUUGCAGGAUGUUAUUGACCCAGUGGGUAUCAUGCUUAUUGAUGGACCAGCGAAAACCCUUGAGCUUACCAUCGAGAUCGUCAUGAACAGCGAUGUCCAAUUGCCUGCGAAAUACAUCGACAAGCUGAGGCGAGACCCGCAGAGCCACAGGGUCCACCAGCAAGCCGAGGACCAGGAAGUUCAAAUGAUCCUCCGCCACGCCGUCCCGGAUAUGGCAAUGCCAACCGAUGGUCAGAUACAAAGGGCAAAGGCAAGGAUUCUCACAAUGCCGAUGACCGCGAACGAGAUCGUGCAUACUAUGGUCGCGGGAGCCAUGAGUACCGUGACUGGACGUGAUUGCGAUCAAGAUCUCCCAAUGUAUCUGCAUCACAACUAUGAACCAUGUGGCGCAAUCUUCGCGAACGUGAUCUUCAUCACGGAACGGAAAUGGUUCGUGGAUCUCAGCAUGCAGUUGUUUGAUGUGGCAAAAGUUUUCAGGCUCGAGAUGAGGGCGCUGGAUCGCGGCGAGGAGCAGUCUGCGCGUCUCACCCACGUCUGUUCGGUGGACGACUUCCUGGAAUCCUUUCGAGGUGAGCCCUUCAAGCUGGAGGCAGCGCACCGGCGAAACGAGGCCCGUGCCUUGCUGGUGAUGGAAGCUGGGAUUCACCCGGUCUUCAUCGACUCGUCGAAUCUCCGUCUUUGGGAGAUGCGGCCGUACGUGCUGCUCGCAGAGCGUCUCGGUUACGUGGUCCAUGUCGUGGAGCCGUGGGAGAUUUGCGCAAAGUAUCGCGAUCUUAGCUUCCUUGCCGUGAUGCUCGACACUGCCGAGCGCCGACAACGAGGACGAGUGCUUCCACGACAGGCGCUACUGGCGCUCUUGAAGGCCUUCGAAACUCUUCCAGACUCGGAGGUGAAAACGAUUUGGGUCCGGAGCGGGGGUGUGCCGCCGGCCGCUUCAGGUGAUGCCGGUGGAAAACGGAUGAACAAGGAAUUCGCGUACGUUUGUGGGGCCAGUUUCGUGCGUGCUCACACAUUGCUUUGCCGCAUUGCCGAGAUGGAUUCUGCCAAUCCACUUGACACCACUGAAUUGGCUUACAAGCUUCUGCUUUUCGUGCACAGCAAGGUGAUUGCCAUCACCUUUUCGGUGCCGAUGCCAUGUGCAGUGCCCUUGGAGGAGGCCAACGGAAUCAGGGUCAUCGUGGACGUCUUCUUUGGACUGGACAUGAUUCUGAGUUGUCGAACGGCUUUUGUGGACUCCAAUGGUCUCGUGAACACAGUUCCCUACGACAUUUACAGGCACUAUCUGAAGGGCCAGUUCUUGGUGGAUUUCCUCUCCACUGUUCCGAUUGAUCGCAUCGUUGAGGCCUUCUUGGCUGAUGCAUCGAACUACGGACGGGUGCUGAAGCUGACCCGGUUUGCAAGGAUCUUCCGCUUAAUGAAGUUGGCACGGAUGCUGAAGCUCUUCCGCUUGGUUCACUCAGCUGAGUCUUCCGUCCAAGUGUCCCCGCUGUUUCUGCGCUUGGGCCUGCUGUUCAUGAACGUCUGCUUCUUGGCCCACGUGGUUGCAUGCAUGUGGCAUUGGCUGGCCACCCUACCGCUCGAUCCACAGGGCUGCGUCUCCGGCCGGCUGGAGUGCUUCGGCGACGACAGCAUUGAGGACGGCUCGGCGACGUGGCUCCAGGGUUCCGGGGGUUCCCAAGACACCGAUACAAACGCGAAGAAGUAUGUGGCAGCAUUAUACUGGGUCUUUACCACCAUGACCACUGUGGGCUAUGGCGACAUCUUUCCCAUGAACAACAUCGAGCGUGUCUUUGCAGUCGGUGUGAUGAUCUUCGGAGCCACGGUGUUUGGCUACAUCGUAGGCAGCGUGGCAGAGAUGGCCACGCAUGGUCGUCAAAACCCGGCAGCGCAGUCCCUGCUCAUGAUGCGGCAGUACUGCGAGGAGCACGGCUUCCACCAGAAGGUCGUGAACUCUGUGCGGCGGCACGUCGAGUUCUGGUACCAGGAGAUGUCGCCUUUCGAUGCGGAGCCCGAAAUACUUCAAAAGUUGCCUGCACCACUGCGGCGUGAGGUGAUCCUUCACAUCCACAGGCACGUGAUUGGCGGGGGCAUUGCCCUCUUCGCGCUGUCGAUGCCGGCCUGGCUUCAAGCGCUGCUCGUGCGAUUGUUGGAGCCGCAGGCCUUUGCACCUGGAGAGUUGAUCGUGCCUCCCACUGAAGCUGGGAGCAGCAGUGACUUGAUCUUCGUCUACGAGGGGAGUUGCGAGGCCAUUCUCAAUGCGACCGGCCGACCGCUGACCCAGGCCCCAUCCACCCGGCGUCGAGGGCGGAAGAAGGAGGUGCGUGGUGUGUACCUUGGUGACAGCUACCUGGUGUUGGAAACCUACCCGGCUGGCACUAUGCUCGGCUUCGAGGCCCUCUUGGGCGAGGAAGCCCUGCAAUCUUUCGGGUGUCCACGUGACUGUGCGGUCCGCUGCUCGGCGACGGGGACCUGCAGCGUCUUCGCGAUGAAGGUGGCUGCGCUGGUGGAUGCGCACAGGUCCACACCCCAUCUUGGCGGGAUGCUCACCGAGCUCAUGACCUGUGUCAUCGUCACGGAGGGACGGCGUCGUGUGAAGGAGCGGCAACGGUGUGAAGAGGGCCGCAGCUAUGAGACGACACUGGAGGCAUACCGAGCUGCUAAGGCCGCGCAACCACUCCGCGCGGCCGCCGCGGCCACGGAAUCGAGUUCAGAGGCGCACGAGGCUUCCCGACUGACGCCCCAAGCGCGGAAUCGAGGGCCGCUGCUGCAGCCACCGGGUAUGGACCGGGUCCCUGAACCGACAGAGGACGUGCCGCGGCUGCCGACUCCAGGAGGCGGAGACUCAGCCACGACUUGGGACCCAGGUGGCCGGGACCGUGCGGAAAGCGGUGGAGGCGAGUCGAAGGGCCCUUUCGCAUCGCUGCACACGCCGCAACAUGAUCCGCCAGAUGGAGACCCCGCAGACGGUAUGGACAAGUCCAACAAGGAGCCAGAGGUGACACGCAGCCCGCGGCGCGUCUCAGAGGAUCGGGAAGAAGGUCCACCCGUAGCAAGGCUGAGCGGGUCAGGCAAGAAGGAUCAAGAAGGUUUGCGGCAGUGGUCGCCAGCCCAGAGCCGGACGGCUAGGUUGUCUCACUUGAACUUGAGCAGUGGCAGUGGCCAGAUACCUCUGAUAUCCUCCGAUCAUUUGGACAGUUCCACAGAACGGACCCGCGCCAUUGACUCUACAUCGAGUGCAAGGAAUCCGCUGGGUGAUUUCCAGCAGCGAAUCUAUGAGGUGGGCUUGGUUUGUCUUGCGAGUGGUAUCGUCAUCAACUUCCUGGCCGUGCACUUCUGGUUCCGUCGCAAAUUUCUGGUCUCGAUGCCCUGGUAUGAGUAUCACAAGCAUGGCCUCGGCCUGCACGUGAUUUUCCUUCUGAUGUAUGCAAAUCCGCAAGCAUGCUUUCUCUUCACCUGCAGGCUUUUCGACGUCGACCUCUUCAAUAUACAUUUUGGAACUCCAAGCAAGAUGAACGAGGUCUUGUCCCGGAUUGGCUGCCUGUCCUUGCUGAGCGACACGCCGCUGCUCGUCCUGAAAGCACUCGUCUAUUUUCUGGAUUCUACUGGAAUUCAGGCCCCGAAGGUCACACGGGUUUCGAUGGGCGUGACGGUGAUCCACCUGGCACUGGUCCUCAAGCGCCAGUAUGUGUCAUCCGUGGAGAGGCAAUGGUAUCAAGAAAUCGUCCGCAUGGCAGGCGUUCGACGUCUGACUACGUACGGAGGUGCUUCGCGCUGGCUGAAAUUCCAGAAGCGGCCCAGUGCAGCUGCAGAUCUGCAGGGAGCUGGCAGCUCGCAGCAGCAGCUGUUUCUGGCGUGGAUGCAAUCCAUGGGCCGGCGCCAGGAAAGCAUCUUCCAAGAUGCUGCUUCCAAGCCACCUCCCCCACACACAAGUGGAGAUGCAGAUGAGCUGAGUGAUGAUUCAGAGGACUUGGAUUCUCUCUCGGAGGAUUCUGACUCGGAGGAGGAGGAGGAGGAGGAGCCGGAGCUGCAGCAGGAAGGCACAUCACGACCCUCCAGGCGCUCCCAGCAUGUGCACAAGCCCAAGGAUGGACAUGAUUCCGAGACCGAUGCCGCGGACACGCCGAAGAUGGAGCUCCAGUCACAUCGCGGUGAUCGGCUGGGCCGGGAGGAGCGGGCGAUGCACCGGCGAGGCCUCGGCUCCAAAGACGAGAUCCUGGGCUACGCGCGGCAGGUUGCUGACGAGAUGGGACAAUCCGACGGCGUCUCUGUGUCUGACAUCAUGAUGUUCGCGAAGCGGGUUGCAGCUCAUCCAUCCGAGAGCGGUGUCGUCACCGAAAGCUUUGGAGUCGACGGCUUCAGCAACGACAUGUUCAGCGACAACUCGCUUGGUGGCUCUGCGCUGCUGCGAUUCGCCCGGGGAGUGGCUCAGCGCGGGGACCUGUCCUCCGCCGGCGGAACCUCUGCUGUGGAAGGUGACGUGCUGGCCUUCGCACGCAAGGUAGCCCAGCAAGCGUCCGAGAGUGGCAUAGGGACCGGCAUUACGGAGGGCACGGACAUCAUGGCCUUCGCGAGAAAGGCAGCCCGAGCAGUCUCACAGUCCGGCAUCAGUCAAGGUGCAAGCGAGUCUGACGUGCUGGCUUUCGCCCGUAAGGCCGCCAGGGAGAUCUCGCAGUCUGGCAUCGGUGCAAACGACUCUGACAUCCUCACCUUUGCCCGAAAGGCUGCCGAUGAUGUCUCGAAGUCGGGUGCCGUCAGCGAGACCAGCGUUCUUGCUUUCGCCCGGCAGGUGGCGAAUGGGAUGCACAGCGAGGUGACUGAGACCAGUGCAGCAACAUCAAGGUCCGACUUCCUGGCCUUUGCUCGCCGGGCAGCACAGGAUGUCUCGAAGUCUGGAGUGGCCAGCAGUGUUGCCUCAGGCGCAGAGUCGGACAUCUAUGCCUUCGCUCAGCAGGUUGCCGGGGACGUUUCUCGGAGUGGUGUCCACGGAGCGUCAGAAGCUGCUAGCAGCGUGCGCGAGUCGGACAUCUUCGCAAUCGCGCAGAGACACACUGGGCUUCCUGAGUCCAAGACGUCUGCGAAUCCUGCAUCGAGCGUCGCAAGCGCGUCGGACAUUAUGCAGUUUGCACAGAAGGUUGCCCAAGAUGUCUCGGAAGCCGGUUACAGUCGUGCCUCCGAGGCUUCUGAUGCGCGGCUGCUGGAGUCGCGCAGUGGAGCAGAGUCCACUUCAGACGUUCUGGCCUUCGCCCGCAGGGCUGCGCAGGCUGUGGGAUCAUCCACAGUUCCAAGCGAAGAUCUCUUCGUUCCGGCCCGACGUGUGCUCAGAGAAGGCUCCUCGGUUUCGGGCAGCGAGCCGGAGGUUCAGUCACUUCAUUGCCCGAGUCAUGCGUAUCGCAUGGAACCACAAUCAAACGAUUUUAGGAGUCCGGAUUCGGGAAGCAGCAGCGACUUCAGUAGCUUCCGUAAAGAAGCGCAAGUUGUAGUUGCUGCUGAAGUCGGAGUCCAUCUUUUCCCAUUGGUUCCUGCUGGUCUGUGGUUGUCUAGCGUAGUACGGGAGUGGCAGUGGGAGUAG